AUGGUCGGGAAGCUGAAGCAGAACCUGCUGCUGGCGUGCCUGGCCAUCAGCUCGGUGACCGUGUUCUACCUGGGCCAGCACGCCAUGGAGUGCCACCACCGCGCGGAGGGGCGCAGCCGGGCCCCCCGAGGGGACGGCGCCGGGGCCAACAGGAGCCUGCCCUACAGCAAGGACAUGCCCCUGAUCUUCAUCGGCGGCGUGCCCCGCAGCGGCACCACGCUGAUGCGCGCCAUGCUGGACGCGCACCCCGACGUCCGCUGCGGGGAGGAGACCAGGGUGAUCCCCAGGAUCCUGGCUGUCAAACAGAUGUGGGCCAGGUCCAGCAAGGAGAAAAUCCGCCUGGAUGAGGCCGGGGUCACGGACGAGGUGUUGGAUUCGGCCAUGCAGGCGUUUUUGUUGGAGAUCAUCGUCAAGCACGGCGAGCCCGCUCCUUACUUGUGCAACAAGGAUCCUUUCGCUUUAAAAUCCUUGACUUACCUCGCCAGGAUUUUCCCCAAUGCCAAGUUCCUGCUGAUGGUGCGGGACGGCCGCGCCUCCGUGCACUCCAUGAUCUCCAGGAAAGUCACGAUAGCUGGCUUUGACCUGAACAGCUACAGGGACUGCCUGACCAAGUGGAACAGGGCUAUAGAAACCAUGUACAACCAGUGCAUGGAGGUGGGCUUCCAGAGGUGCAUGCUGGUGCACUACGAACAGCUCGUGCUGCACCCUGAGAGGUGGAUGAGGACUCUGCUCAAGUUCCUGCACGUCCCGUGGAACCAGGCAGUGCUGCACCAUGAGGAGAUGAUUGGAAAAGCAGGGGGGGUUUCUCUUUCCAAGGUUGAAAGAUCCACAGACCAAGUGAUCAAGCCAGUGAACGUGGAAGCCCUGUCCAAGUGGGUUGGGAAGAUCCCAGCUGAUGUCCUGCAGGACAUGCCAGUGAUUGCCCCCAUGCUGGCCAAACUGGGCUAUGACCCCUAUGCCAACCCCCCCAAUUAUGGGAAGCCAGAUCAGAAAGUGGUGGAAAACACAAGGAGGGUCUAUAAAGGUGAAUUUCAGCUUCCUGACUUCCUCAAAGAAGUGCCACAGCCAAAGAAGACAGUAGAAAGGAAGUCUCGUGGCAAGAUAAAAUGA